AUGUUGGCGGCGUCCUAUUGGUCGUUGCUGGCACCGGCGAUAGACAUGGCAGAGGAUUCGGGAAAGUAUGGCUCGUUUGCGUUCGUCCCUGUGGCGGUGGGCUUUGCCCUCGGCGCGGCCUUCGUCUACCUGGCUGACCUCAUGAUGCCUGCUCUGGGCGUAGGGGUGGACCCCCUCAUAGCCCUGGCCCUGCCCCCAGACUCCAAACUGGCCAAGGAGGAGGACCCCCUGUUCCCAGCCUCAGACGAGAUGACCAUCAGGAUAGAUAAGCUUGAGAACGGAGGAGACGUGUACCAAAGGAGGAAAGGCCCCUACGCCGAUGCUGGCUCUUCAGACUCCGAGGGUCAGGAAGUGGGCAGUCGGCAACAGGAUGGGGCAGGGCAAACAGGAAGCAGCUGGAGGCGCAUCGUCCUCCUGAUCCUGGCCAUCACCAUCCACAACAUCCCAGAGGGCCUUGCUGUUGGUGUAGGGUUCGGAGCCAUAGGAAAGACCUCAUCGACCACGUUCGAGAGUGCCAGAAACUUGGCCAUUGGCAUAGGUAUCCAGAAUUUCCCAGAGGGCCUUGCGGUGAGCCUCCCUCUGCGAGGUGCAGGGAUGUCCACAUGGAAAGCCUUCUGGUAUGGACAGCUCAGUGGUAUGGUAGAACCAAUCGCUGGGUUGCUAGGCAGCGUUGCCGUGGUGCUGGCGGAACCACUGUUGCCAUACGCCCUGGCCUUCGCUGCCGGGGCCAUGGUGUAUGUGGUGGUUGAUGACAUCAUCCCAGAGGCUCAACUCAGUGGGAACGGUACGUUGGCUUCCUGGACCUCCAUCCUGGGCUUUGUAGUGAUGAUGUCACUGGACGUUGGGCUGGGCUGAGGCUUCGCUUGGAACACCGCUGAUGUCACAGAAUAUGACAAUCACCAGACCUCGAAAGAAGAAAAGGGACCAAAUCUGCCUUUUCUCCAACUGCUUGCUUUUAUUUUAUUUUAUGAUAUGAUUUUUUUUAAAUGUUGGAAUUAUAACAUUUUGCGCAUUUCAUCCAACGAUCUGCAUAUCCGUCGAUUCUGAUUUUACACCCAGUCGGCUCAGGGAUUCAAACCAGCGACCUUUCAGUUACUGGCCCGACGUUUUUAACUGCUAGGCUGCUGUCCCGUGUGCUCCCUCUCUGGCCUCUAGGUCACCAGGCUGCUGGUUAUGGCGAUACACCUGUCAUCAUCGUUAAGCGCACCUACCCAUCGUCAGACUCACCUGGACUCCGUUGCUUCCCUGAUUACCUUCCCUAUACAUGUCACUCCCUUUGGUUCCUUCCCCAGGCGCCAUUGUUUCCGUUUCAGUUUCAUGCCUGUGCAUUGUUCGUGUUUCUUGUUUUGUUUUGUGUUUCGUUUAUCGAUUAAGUCACUCCCUCCCUGAACUUUCUUCCCGACUCUCUCUGCACAUCGUCACAGCUGCUAGCCGCCCUGAUUCUCGAAGAACAUAACUUAGAAAUGCCUCAUGAGCUCAGUGCAAGCGUCGUACCCUAUCAGAACCCAGAAUAUAAUCUUGUUUUACUCCAAUGUUUGUGAACAAUUGAAAUGUAAACAAGCACUGCAUAGCCUCAAAACAUGGUUAAAACUAUUAUUUGGAUAUCAUGAAUAGUCAGUCUUUGCAUCCAUAGCUAUGCUUAUGAAUUUGAGAGUGGUUCCAUUUCUCCAGCCUAACCCUCAGCGUUUUACCAAAGCAGUGGUGGGGUUUGGGUUUUGUUAUUGUUUCAACUGCAGAUUGCCCCUUUAGGAUGCUCAACCAAAUACUUUGUUUUUCUUCUGAAAAUGCAAAGAAUUAUGUUUGAUACUGGAUCCGAAUUAUAAAAUGUGACAAUACUUGAAGAUUGAUGUUUGUAUGACUGGUUUAGAUUGGAACUGAGACAGCCGUGUAUGAAAAGUUGAUAUUUUGUAUUGAAUGGAUCUUUAUGGAGUGUGUGCCAUGGGGUUACACCUCUAAGGGCUUAUGCCAUUUUGGCUCCAGCUGUGUCGACCACUGCACAGUUGUACCUCAACACUGUGUUUUGAAGGCUAGUUAUGGUCACUGAAGGAAACACAGGGAUCUGUGUCUACAGACAUGUCACGAAUAACCAGCUGAAUGUAUUGGUUUGCCGAAUCUUUGCUCAGAUGAGGAUGUACUGUAAAAUAUUCAGAAAUGGCGCACACCCUGAUUCAUUCAGGAUGGCAUGAUGUUUUCAUCUUCCGUGAAGCAAACAGUUAAAUGACAGAGUGAU